AUGACAUUCCCAUCAAGCGCCGAGGACUCGUCCGUCGAGGUAUCUGCCCUUGUCAGCAACCUCAAAGAAUCAAUAGCACGCUACGAAAAAGCCUCCGACAACACUGCCGCUCUAGAGGACAUUAUAUCAGCGUCCAAGAUGUUGCUUCGUGAGGCAGUUGAUGCGGGGACUUCGUUCCGACGGUUUAAUUUCCAGCCCCUGCAGAAUGCCUGUGUCCGGAUCGCAAUUGAGAUGCAGCUGUUUGAAAAGCUGCCCACAUUUGAACCAUUCACGUGCCGAGAGCUGGCUAUAGAUGCAGGGUAUGACCUGGAGUUUACCAAACGGAUUGUGCGCGGCCUGGCAGCUGGUGAUGUUCUGGAAGAGGUGGCCGAAAAUACGUACCGGCAGACGAAGCUCUCGCGUCUAUGGGCAAGCCCCAAAGCCAGAGAUUAUACGAUUCACCAGUGGGAGAAUUUCCAGACCCCAAUUUGGUCUUGUAUCGAGUAUUUUCAAAAGUUUGGCUUCCGAAGUCCGACCGAUCCAAGGAAUUCGCCGAUUACGUUUGCACUGGGUGGACAGGACAAGAGCCUGUUUGACAUACUCGAGGAAGAUCCUCGUCGACUGGAAAUUUUCAAUAAUGCCAUGAAGAGCCUUGCGCUUUCUGUGACAGCAUAUAGGUUUGACAAGCUUCAGCCUGGCCACGACGGUGUACUUCUAGUAGACGUCGGUGGUGGAAGUGGUUACGACAUCCAGGAGAUCUGCUCAGAUUACCCGGAUCUCCAUGGGAGACUCGUUCUGCAGGAUAUCAAGGGCACAGUAACUCAUAUCAGGGCGGAUGGGUUCCAAGGAAGAGUCGACUUCCAAGCAUAUAACUUCCUCGAAGAGAUACAGCCCAUUAAAGGUGCCGCUGCGUAUCUCUUCAAGCUAGUCCUUCAUGACUGGCCAGAUGCCUACUGUCAUCGGAUUCUUGCUAAUCUGGCACCUGCCAUGUCUCGCAAUUCCAGACUACUCAUCUGCGAGAAAGUCGUCCCUGAGCAGUCACCGGAUGCGCACCAUGUCCUCAGCGAUCUCAACAUGCUUUUCAUAGGGGGUAAGGAGCGCACACGUGCAGAGUGGGAUCAACUACUCGGUACAGCAGGCUAUGUCAUCACGCAGAUUCAAAUGCUUCCAAAGCCUGGGUACGGCAUGAUAGAGGCCGCUCUGAAAUAG